GAGUCGGCAGCCCAGGGGGACAUCGUGCAGGCCGCCUUCCAGGACACCUACCGCAACCUCACCCUCAAGACUCUCGUGGGGCUGCACUGGGCCAGCACGCACUGCCCCAAGGCCCGCUAUGUCCUCAAGACUGACGACGAUGUGUACGUCAACGUCCCCGAGCUGGUGUCCGAGCUGACCCGGAGAGGGGGCCCUUGGCAGCCACAGGAGAGGGGCACAGGGUCCCAGGAACAGGCUGCGGCUGCCGGGGCCAAGGCAGUGCCACUUCUGUACCUAGGCCGGGUGCACUGGUGGGUGAGGCCCUCUCGGGCCCCUGGAGGCCGGCACCUGGUAUCGGAGGCGCAGUGGCCGCCGGCCUGGGGCCCAUUUCCGCCCUACGCCUCGGGCACGGGGUACGUGCUGUCUGCGUCUGCCGUGCAGCUCAUCCUGAAGGUGGCCGCCCGGGUCCCCCCGCUGCCACUGGAGGACGUCUUUGUGGGCGUGAGUGCGCGGCGGGGCGGCCUAGCCCCCACCCACUGUGUCAAGCUGGCUGGCGCCACCCACUACCCCCUGGACCGGUGCUGCUACGCGAGAUUCCUGCUGACCUCGCACAGGCUGGACCCCGGGCAGAUGCGGGCGGCCUGGAAGCUGGUGCAUGGGGAAGCCACUGGCCCCUUCUGCUCCUGGCUCCAGGGAGCCCUAGGCGUCCUACGGUGCCGGCUCAUAGCCUGGCUGCAUGACUGAGAGCGGAACCACGGGAGAGGAGCUGCGGGUCCAAGCUGGCUACAGCUGGCCAAUUUCUCACACCAGACCCUAGUCUGUCACCGGAGCACAGAGUGGUGCGGCCUGCCCAGCCCAAAGAUGGGUUCCAGGAAGAGAAAUGCUACUCCUAGCCGGCCAGGGAAGGGCCCCUCAAUAAACGUGUUU